GAAGCCCAGAACCUGCCCCUCCCUAAACUACAAGCCCCAUAAUUCUGCAGGAGGCAGAAACUGGAUAUCAGGUGGAUCCAUGCUCUAGUGUGAUGAGGUCCUUUAAACGGUGUAUCGCUCUGCACUGUAGAAUGAAUACAGGCGGACACCACUCUCAAUGCUGUGCAAUGGUGGGAGCUGCAGUUUUACAAGGUCUCUAUGCCUUCUUUGUCGCCUAGUGCAGGUGCCUAACCAAACUACAACCGAAUUGAGCCAAGUGGUAUCCAACUGCAUUCAUUCCACACCUAGGACGCUUUUGCGCCUCUCCAAGAAGCCGAGCCUCCGGACACGUUUACCUGGGGAGGCAGCGAGUCUAGGGAUCGGGAGGGGAGAAAAGAGGCGACUUUCCGCGCAUCCAACUUUCUCUCCGCGCCGAGAGGCAAAGUUGGCGUCGAAGGCGCCGGGGUCUGUGUCUGGAAGGAGGGGAGAGGGUCGUGCCGACUCACCUUUCGCCGCCACUCGCCUCCCCCAGCCUCCGCCUCCUCCGCCGCCUCCGCGGGCGAGGAAAUCCGCCGCCGUCCCCUUCCAAGCAACAGGCAUUGCGGCUCCUUCCCUCUCUCGCUCUUUUACCCCUCGAAUCCGCAGCCUCGCUGGAUCCCAAGCGGGAGCUCUCGCCGACCUUUCGCCCGUGUCGCCAUCACGCGUGAAGUUUGCCAGCACCUUGGAUCGGCCUCCAGCACCCCCCAGGGCUGUUGGCAGUGAAGUCCCAUCAUCCCCAGACUGUGGAUGGGGUUGUAUUUCCCAAAACAGCUGGAAGUAGAGGCUUGAAGAUCACAUACUUGCAGAGACUUGCUGGACUGUUUAGAAAAAUCCCUCUCUUCCUCCAAAACACAUUCAUACACACCCCAUGAAAGCACAAGUCAGCAAGCUUUGGAGUUUCAGCAGUGCCCUCCUUCAAGCAGGAGGCAAAUUGUGCAUCUCUUCUCUCUCAUAUUCAGAGCAGCAAGGGAGAAAGAGAUCGGAUAUUGCGGGCAUCCAAUCUCUAAGAAAAUGAGCAUGGCACAGGAGAUAUUUUGCAGAAUCAUUUGGGACAGAAGUCAGAAAAAACACCUCUUAUUUUCUAUUCGUUUCCUGGUUUGAAAGGAGAGCACAAGAGACCAUAUGAGCGUGAUCCAUAGCAGCUCUCGCCACACUUUAUUAUUUUAAUGGGCAGGAGUUUAGUUCUUCAUACAACUGCACUGUGUUUGUGGAUAAUUGAAAAAUGAGUAUACAAAAUGUGGGUGUGAACUCAGCUGGAGCCUUUUAAUACCCCGAGUGGGUGUGUGCCAUGCUUCCGCCAGAGAGCAAAGUAAAAAAAUAUAUAGGCCUGAGUCCAGCUUCCUGAGAAUUCCUGUUCACUUUCUUUUAUUUUGCUUUUUGGAUUUUAAAUCUGGCUCCUAGCUAUUAUGGGUACACAGCUAUUUUUGUGAAGAGAAUGCACAGUGUACUAUCAGAAACAAGAGGGAGAUGGAAAUGGGUACUUGAUAGUUGGGGAUAAGGAUCCACAAAGCUCCUUUUUGUGGCUAAUAGUUCAGCUACUAAGAUGAAUUACACAACAUAGGGGGUAUUCAAAACUUCCCAAUUUGCACAAUUCAUAGAAUUUGACUUGUUUUGGUCCUAGAAGAGCAGUGAAAAUCAAGCCUGUAGAAAAGGCCUUUCUGACUAUUAUAGUGAAAUCAUGCAUUCAUAUCAAACCUUGCCAGGGAUGGGGGAGGUCUUAUUUGGAAGUCUUCAGGAUUGGGGAAGCUGCCUUAUAGAACUGACAGUCAUCAGACACAGCCCUGCCAUCAUCAAAAUUAUUACCACUUUCAAGCUUUUGGCUCUUUCCAAGCCAAUGAAUAGCAGCUUAUUCUCAUGCUUACAGACAGCUGUUGACUAUUUCUAUGGGGAAUAUAAUGAUACAGAUUUUGGACUCCUUUUAUAUGUGUACGUGUGACUCCUAGCACUACAACUCCAAGAAUCCUGGGAAAUGGCAUCUUGCUGGAAAUUGUAGCUUAAUAAGGUCACCAUGUUGGUUGGUGGAUUCCUGAAGUCCUAAUCCAAAAUUCCAAGCACAAGUCUGGAUUUUCUCUGACCAAACUAAUGUACAAGGAAAAGAUAAAGGAAGGGAGCGAUGUAUACUACUAUGGGCUCUUCAGGGAACAGCAGGACAUAAAUGUAACUAAUAAACAUACAAACCUAUAAGUCCCUACCCUUUCCAGGAACAACACUCAGACUGAAAGAAGCUUUUGAAGUAUUUUCUCCAAAUCAGCAUUCCCACACAUGGUACUCUCUCAACACUUCUGAUAGGGUUCCUCUCCUGAACCCUGCUGAGAUUUGCAGUCCAACAAGCACUGGAGGGAGGGACACAUGAUCCCUGUUCUAAAUAUUUUCCCUUCCUUUGAAAGCUACCUAAAGAAGAUGGUCUGCCCAAGGUAUCCUUUCUUUUUGCCAUUUGGAGGAACUUAAACCCCAACGCUCAGAUUGGGGUCUGAAAACAACCAUUACCAUACAGCUGCUCUCCAAAUGUUCUGACUGAAACUUCUAGCAUUCCUUAUUCCUUAUCAUUGACUAUGUUAGCUCCUGAAGUUGUAGCUGAAAAAUAUCUGAAGGGCUACAUGACUCCCCAAUGGUUGAUUACAUGCCGCUGUGACAUAGUGAUUAAAAAGUACUGGAUUUUCACCAAAGAGAACUAGGAUCAUGGCUAUCACGCUUUGGGUGACCUCAGGCCACUUUUUCAUAUUAUCUUGCAGGAAUAUUUUGAGGAUAAAAUGAAAGUAGGGACCUGAUUUUCACUGCCCUGGCUGAAAUUCACAGUUGCAAACAUGUAACUUAGAGUUAUGCAUUCAUAAUUGAUUUGUAUUCAUAAUUCCUCUAUAUUCAAUUGUGUAGGGAAUACAGAGGGAUCUUGGAAGCCUGUCCCACAGUUCUACCUUAAUGGAAAGCAGCAGGAUUCUAUUCUCCUGUUGAUUAUGAUGCAGCAGACUGAUGUUUCAACCCCCUUAUACCAACAAACUCUAGCAUGAAGAAGAAUAGUAAUGGAAACCCUGCUUCUGUUGUACUGGAGAUUACUGAUUACUGAUUACUGGAAAUGCCAGUCUGCUGCAUCUCAAUAUCUGACUACAUUUUAAGUAAAUCAUUCAUAUAUAUAUAUAUAUAUAUAUAUAUAUAUAUAUAUAUAUAUAUACACACACACACA